AUGAUUCGCAUAUUUUCUAUCGUUUUUAUAUCGUUAACAUUGAUCUAUGCAAUUGAAAGUUACUCACUAAGAAGUGCUACCGAUGUCGGUAGUAAAACGGCUAAAGCAUGCGCACCUGUCAAGUGUCCAGGAAAACCGAAGUCAUGCCCAUAUGGUUAUCAGAAGAAAGAUGGCUGUGAAAUUUGCAGAUGUAGUGAUCCAUGUAAUCCACCAGGAAAACCGAUACUUUGCGGAGCUAAACAACGCUGUUACGUUGAUAAGAAAUCUGAUGGAACAUUUGAAGGACGUUGCGGUGCACCACCAAAGAAAGCCAAUAAACACAAAAAGAAAGAGAAGACUACUACAAAAGAUGAUUGUAAUUUACCAAAAAUGACUGGUCCAUGUCGAGCAUCAUUUCCACGUUUUUUCUAUAAUCCAGCUACUCAAAGUUGUGAAUCGUUCGUCUAUGGAGGAUGCCGUGGAAAUAAAAAUAAUUUUAAUACGAAAGUUGAAUGUGAUCUAGCUUGUGUCGCUUAA